AUGAUCGGGACCCUGGUGGCAUCCUUCCCGAGGAGACCAAAGCUUCAUCUUAAGACCGAGGCAGAGAAAGCUGCCUUUCCCCACUCUCUUGCCUUGGUCAAGCGCUGCCAUGAUGUUGCUGUGCAAGCUCGAGGUGUUGGGUACCUGGAUCGGAGCGCCACAGUCCAUGAUGCUGCCAUUAGCUACUUUCUGGGUCUCUGCUCGGCUUAUGUCUACAACAUGCGGCGAUGUCGGAUGUACCUUGCCGAGUGCCGUACGAUGUUGCAUGUGUACGAUCUUUGCCGCCAGUCGACGAUGCAGUCAUCCUAUGGGCCAACAAGCCCGAUAUCUUCGUCGUCGGCCACAUCACAGGAUCGACUCAGUGAACCCACUGAGCGCCCAGUGGACAUGAUCGAGCAGGAGCUCGCGCGGCGACUGUUCUAUGUAACGCUAGUCGGUUACCGAUCAAUACAGCAGCUAGGCUCCGCUGACACCCCAAUCUAUCUUGCUCCAGAGACGCCGACGGAGCGCUACCCACCAUUACCCCUUGAAGUGGAUGACGAGUUUAUUUUCAGUACACAUGUCGAACCUCAGCCGACCAACCGGGUUUCGCAACUGGUGGGUUUCAACGCCAACGUCCGGGUCUAUAACUCGUACAACGCCCUAUCCGCUUGGGAGGUUGCGUUUGGCAGUGGGCGAAUUGUUGAUUGGCAGCGGCAACGGUCUCUAUUAUUCGAAUGUUUGCAGAAUUCCAAAACGGCUUUGGCCAACGUGCCACCAGAGCUCUCACUCCACCCUCACCGGGACGAUUCUGCAGAUGCGGCGGAGGACCCCUGGAUGCGCGAACGUCGCCAUAUCCAAUACGAGAUUCAGAAGGCCAAUAUCUAUGUGAGCCAACUGGCCACCAGAUCCUACUUGGCGGAGAAGUACUGGAGUCUCUACGCCACCUGGAAGAUGUAUUUUCGGCGCUCCGAGGAGGGAGGACCGGGAACUCCGGUGAAAGUGGAAGGCAAUACGCACAAGGGGAUUGACGAUGCUGCUCAGAGCGACUACAUUGGAAUGGCCAUGGCAGAAGAACGCCGUCUCGUCGUUCGAGAUUUGUUUGUCUUGCUACAGUCGGUCAACGAGCUUAAUAUGGAGCCCAACGGUGCCAGCUUUACCGGUAAAGUCCGCCAAGUGGCGUCAACCCUGCUCAACCUUCCCACCUCGCGGACCGAAACGACCACCUUUACACCCGCCACCCCGGGUCCCAAUCCUAUCACCCUCGCCGAGGCAGAAUCUUACCUACACGCCUUCAUCGACACCCUCAUCCGACUAGAGGGACUCGCGGCGCCCACCCUGGGCACAGCCGGAUCAAGCCCUCACGCCAACGGACGUAGAAUGAGUUAUCUGAGCGACCACAAGCAGGAGGAGGAGGAGCUGCGCCAGUGGGCGAGUCUGAAGGACUACCAGGCGAAAUUUAGCCUGUUUACUGAGCUUUGA